UUCUUUCAAAGAUGGUGGUCAGAAAAAAGUGAGUACAUCCAAAAUGUUGUGAAGAAGUUGGUAGAUGCUGGUCAAUUAGAGUUUAUAAAUGGUGGUUGGUGCAUGCAUGAUGAAGCCGCUGCUCAUUACAUUGAUAUGAUUGACCAAACAACUCUUGGUCAUCGCAUGAUUAAGAAACAAUUUAACAAGGUUCCUCGAAUUGGUUGGCAGAUUGAUCCAUUUGGACAUUCUGCAGUACAAAGCUACCUACUUGGUGCGGAGCUUGGUUUCGAUUCAGUUCAAUUUGCAAGAAUUGAUUAUCAGGACAGAGUGAAACGUUCAGCAGAUAAAUCUCUUGAAGUUGUAUGGCGUGGGUCAAAGACAUUUGGUUCCUCUUCUCAGAUUUUUGCUGGUGCCUUCCCUAUCCAUUACAGUCCUCCAGAAGGCUUUCAUUUUGAAGUUAAUGAUGAUGCAGCACCUGUCCAGGAUGAUCCUCUUCUCUUUGACUACAAUGUUGAACAACGUGUGAAUGAUUUUAUUGAUGCUGCUGUAACUCAAGCAAAUGUAACGAUGACAAACCAUAUUAUGUGGACUAUGGGUGAUGACUUUAUGUACCAAUAUGCUGAAAGUUGGUUUAGACAAAUGGAUAAGCUUAUCCAUUAUGUCAACAAGGAUGGUAGGGUUCAUGCACUGUAUUCUACUCCAUCUAUUUAUAUUGAUGCCAAAAAUGCUGCCAAUCAAUCUUGGCCAUUGAAGGUUGAUGACUAUUUUCCAUAUGCUGAUUCUGCAAAUGCUUAUUGGACUGGGUAUUUUACCAGCCGGCCAGCAUUUAAAAGAUAUAUUCGUAUGCUAAGUGGAUAUUAUUUGGCAGCACGACAACUUGAAUUUUUUGCCGGGAUAGCAUCCUCUGGCCCAUCCACCUCAAGCUUGGGAGAUGCUAUGGGGCUUGUUCAGCAUCAUGAUGCGGUCUCUGGUACUGCAAAACAGCAUACCACAAAUGAUUAUGUAAAACGUCUUUCUUUUGGAUCUUCAAAGGCUGAAAAUGUGGUAAACUUAGCUCUUUCUUGCCUGACAAGUUCAAGUGAACAAUGUGCAUCUCCUGCAGUGCAAUUUGCACAGUGCAAUUUACUCAACAUAAGCUACUGUCCUCCAACAGAGGAUGAAAGCUUUGAAGGAAAAAGUUUGGUAUUGGUUUUGUACAAUCCACUUGGAUGGGUCCGCACUGACUUCAUCCGAAUUCCGGUUAAUGGUGACCAACUUUCGGUACGUGAUUCUAGUGGAAAUUUAAUUGAGGCACAAUUAGUGGAAAUGGAUAAUGUCACCACAAAUAUAAGAAAAUUUUAUGUUGAGGCUUAUCUUGGGAUAUCACCAAAAGCAAAUCCAAAGUAUUGGCUUGUAUUUCAAGUUUCGGUGCCCCCUCUUGGAUGGAAUACCUAUUUCGUAUCUGAAGUUGCUGGAGCAGAUGGCACAGCCACUGGGAGUAAAACUCAUAUGUCUACAACAGCUACUCCAGAAAAUGGCGCAAUUGAGGUUGGACCAGGGCCCUUGAAAAUGACUUUUUCAUCUGUAUCUGGGCAACUGACAAGAGUAUUCAGUUCUAAAACAGGGACGGAUAUACCGAUACAACAAAGCUAUCUCUGGUAUGGAUCAAGUCCUGGGGAUGCAACCGAUUCACAAGCAUCUGGUGCAUACAUUUUCCGACCAAAUGGGGCUCCUCCAACCAUUGUUUCAAGAUCGGUACCACUGAAGAUAAUAAGUGGACCACUGGUUGAUGAAGUCCACCAACAAUUUAGUCCAUGGAUAUAUCAGAUCACUAGGCUAUACAAGGACAAGGAUCAUGCUGAAAUUGAAUUUACUGUUCGAGAUUAUCGAGAAGACUGGAAUCUUCAAGUAACUCAACCAGUUGCAGGAAACUAUUAUCCAAUCAACCUUGGAAUGUAUUUAGAUGACGGAAAAUCAGAGCUCUCAGUACUUGUAGAUCGUGCUGUUGGUGGUUCUAGCAUUCAAGAUGGCGAAUUGGAGAUCAUGUUUCAUAGGCGCAUUCUCUUUGAUGAUGGUCGAGGUGUGGGAGAAGCACUUGAUGAGACUAUCUGUGUACAAGACAUCUGUCAGGGUCUUACUACUAGAGGAAAUUAUUACUUGGGCAUCAGCCAAUCAGGUAAUGGAUCACAAUGGCGCCGAACUGCUGGACAAGAAAUUCACUCACCACUCCUUUUAGCGUUCAGUCUACAGAGUGAAGAAGAUUGGAAGUCUUCUCAUAUUCUGAAAGGAAGUCAAAUGGAUCCUGGUUACAGUUUACCCCCUAAUGUUGCCCUUAUAACACUUGAGGAUCUAAAUGAUGGAACUGUGCUCCUUCGACUGGCACAUCUAUAUGAGGCUGGUGAGGAUAUCCAAUAUUCAAAGCUAGCCAAGGUGGAACUGAAAAAGAUGUUUGCAAACAAAACGAUAAAAAGCCUGACUGAAACAAGUCUAUCUGCAAACCAAAAUAAAUCAGAGAUGAAGAGAAUGAGCUGGAGAGUUGAAGGAGAUACUGGAAAUUCUGUGACUCCGGUGAGAGGAGGUACUGUAAGUAAUGCUACACUUAUUGUCGAGAUGGGGCCAAUGGAAAUUCGCACAUUCCUGCUGGCAUUCUAGCUCUGAUUCUUCGACGCGGAGCAAUCAUAAAUCUAUGUCCUGGCCAUGGACUGAAGCUGCUGUGUUUUUGUUGUUAAGCAAAGAGUAAAGUCUUUGUGUAAGUUCUUGUGUUCCUAUGUGCUAUUUAAUGUUAUCAAUAAUCAGCUUGGCAGUGUCAUGGCCAGUGAUGCUCAUAUGUUCACUACGAACUAUUAUUUGGCUUUCUUUUCCACUGCCUUAUCAUAAUCAUUAUCUUGUCCUUUUCACUC